AAGCUUCCAUGUAGCAUUUCCUCGGAUAAGAAAAAAAUAAAAUAAAAUAAAGGAAAUCUCUCUCCCUCAAACCGUUCUCCGCCAGUUUCUCUGUCCGCUUCUUAUCCGCAGAGCGCAUCGAAAUCAGUGUUUUUCUACUAUUUUUGCCGCAGGAAUCUCAUCAAGAUCGAUGAAUUCGACGGAGAUGCCUCUUUCAACGAGACGGUUGGGAGCAUGUAAUUUCAUCCAUUGAAAAACGGUCGAAGAUCGAACGAUUGCGAUCGGGCUACUCGUAGUCGAGCAGACUAAGAAAUCUCACUCUUUCCCGUCCUCUUCGAAGAACUUGAAAUCCUUCGACUUCCAUUCAACUCGCUGUUUUUUCUCCACACUGUCAAAAAUCCAGCUUCAGCGCUAGGUAGGAUUUGAGGAUGUUGGAGAAGAUGAAUGGAUUCACUCACCAGAGUGUGAUAGAUGAAUUCGAAGCAACAACAAAAGAUGCAGGGAAGGUUCAGGUGGAGACUCUUGGGAAGAUUCUUGAAGAAAACGGUGAAGCGGAAUACUUGCAGAAAUUGGGCCUCAAUGGAAGAACCGACCCUGAGAGCUUUAAGGCAUGCGUACCAUUGGCUACUCAUCCGGAUUUGGAUCCAUAUAUUCAAAGAAUUGCAGAUGGAGACUUUUCUCCUAUACUUACUGGGAAACCCAUAACAACCAUAUCAUUAAGUUCUGGUACUACACAGGGUAAGCCCAAAUUUGUUCCAUUUAACGAGGAAUUGGUGAAAUCUACGAUGCAGAUAUUCCGUACGUCCUAUGCUUUCAGAAACAGAGAAUUCCCCAUCGGAGAGGGAAAAGCCCUACAAUUUAUCUAUAGCAGUAAACAGUCUACAACAAAAGGGGGUCUCACAGCUAGUACAGCCACCACGAAUGUUUACCGCUGCUCUCAGUUCAAGAACACGAUGAAGGACAUCCAGUCCCAAUGUUGCAGUCCUGAUGAAGUGAUAUUCAGUCCCGACUUCCACCAAUCCUUAUAUUGCCACCUCUUGUGCGGACUCAUCUACAGGGAGGAAGUGCAGUUUAUAUCGUCUGCUUUCGCAUUCAGCAUUGUUCAUGCAUUCCGAACGUUGGAGAAUGUCUGGGAAGAGCUCUGUGGUGAUAUCAGAGAUGGAAUUCUCAGCAACAGAGUUACCGUUCCGUCAAUCCGGACUGCCAUUUCUAAAAUCCUUGAACCCAAUCCGGAACUGGCAGAUUCUAUUUACAUGAAAUGUUCAGGAUUGAGUAACUGGUAUGGAGUGAUUCCGGAGCUUUGGCCCAACGCCAAGUAUGUCUAUGGCAUCAUGACUGGGUCGAUGGAGCCAUAUCUGAUGAAAUUGAGGCAUUAUGCUGGCAAAUUGCCGCUUUUGAGUGCUGAUUACGGCUCUUCCGAAGGAUGGAUUGGUGCGAAUGUUAAACCGUGGCUGCCCCCAGAGCUAGUGACAUUCGCAGUGCUUCCAGACAUUGGAUACUUUGAAUUCAUCCCUCUUAGAGAGAAACCGGAGGAUCAGGAACUCGAAAAGACCGGAUCUACUCUCAACUAUAUGGAAUCGGAGCCCAUUGGUCUAACAGAAGUGAAGGUCGGGGAAGAGUAUGAAAUCGUUGUCACCACUUUUGCAGGUCUGUACAGGUACAGACUAGGAGAUGUGGUGAAAGUGAUGGGCUUUUACAAUUCAACACCGGAGCUUCAGUUUGUAUGCCGUAGGAGUCUACUCCUCACCAUAAACAUAGACAAAAACACGGAGAAAGACUUGCAAUUAGCAGUGCAAGCAUCAACCAAGCUAUUGGCAGAAGAGAAAGUUGAAGUGAUUGACUUCACGAGCCACGUGGACUCAUCGACCGACCCCGGUCACUAUGUAAUCUUCUUGGAGCUGAGUGGCGAAGCGAGCGAAGGGGCCCUGAAUGAAUGCUGCAGUUGCUUGGACCGAUCUUUCCUCGAUGCAGGGUACGUUAGUUCCCGGAAGGUGAGCACGAUCGGGGCUCUUGAACUUCGUGUGGUCCACAAAGGAACAUUCCGCAAGAUUCUAGAUCAUUACAUUGCACUUGGGUCUGCAGCCAGCCAGUUCAAGACUCCUCGCUGCAUAGGCGCUUCCAACACUGCUGUGUUACAGAUAUUGUGUAAUAACCUUGUUAAAAGCUUUUUCAGCACUGCGUUUGAUUGAAUAGAGCCUUUUAUAUUUGGUUAUUUCUCCCCAUGUUAGAAUCAAUGGUCCAGAUAAGUCCCCCACCUAAGAUGGGAUGCCCUAGCUCGAGCCCUUAUAAAUCCCAAUCCAAGUUCUAAUUUCCAAUGCCCAGUUUAAUUAGGUAUUUUCUUGUCGAUAUUUAGAGAAAGAUUGUUGUAUUUUGUUUUAGAAUAUAUAUUAAAAAAUUAGAAUUUUAAAUA